UGCAGGGAACUGCUCUUGCGAUAACUUGAGGGCGCCAUUACGUCCCUGUCAUCAUCGCAAACUCCUGACAAUAUAUAAAUAUAUCUAUUUACUUUCCUUACUACAGUGGUAUAUAUCGGGAUAAAGUGCAGUCGAUAGUUCCAAGUGUUAUAAUAGUGAAAGCUUUGGCUUAUAACGUUAUCUAAUGAUGAUUGAAGUAUAACAUGGGUUCUGAAGGUAUCGUUAUGUAGGCGGCGAAGUGGCCGCGUGUGAAUGGGCCGGCUGGGGAUCGAUAGAGCGGAGUGCGCAGGUCCGCGCCAUCGUCUCUGCUAGCCGCGAGCAUCGAGCACCGAACACCGACGCCCCGGCCCGACCUACGUCGCAAACCAACUUCAACUGACACCAGCGAAACCUGCUACCGAUAUGUUCCGGAAUAAUCGCUGUCUCUAAACGAUGUGAUGAGCCAGUCGUGGCGGCGGCAGGCCCUGUGGGCGCUGGUGGUGCUCAGCACGCUGGCGCCCCCCUCGCGAGCCGAUGGUAACAUAGGCUGCCUAUUUAGUGCUACAUUAUGUAUCGACGGAGUGGAGUGGUGCUACGAUGAUUUCGCUUUCGGUAAAUGCAUGCCGAUUUACGAAAGCGAACCGGAGGAUGGCUCCCUCUACAAAUAUGACAUGAGUUCCCAGCAACUGCAGUGGUUCGAAGGCGAGUUGCAGCGGCUGGCGGUGCGCGGCUACCGCUGGGAGCACGCCUACACGCAAUGCGUACUGCAAGCCAUGCUGUACGCACUCCGCCAUAAAGUAGAACCAACUGACGUCAACUCUAAACUAUGUGAGCAUUUUGCCGACCCCAAAUUGAGUACUACGACUACGGAAAGCGAAGAUGAAAGUGAAGAAACUGACAUGGAACCCGAUGAAACCGCAUUUGUGCGAUUCAUGCCGAACUCGGCGUUAAGCGAUUCAGAUUAUGCCAACGAGGUUUAUAAUCCUCCUUUAUCCGAUGAUGACCCGUCUCCUUACAUUAUUCCGAAAGUGGAAUCAGAAAUGGAAGGAGAAACCACAAGCGAUAAAAUAAGAAAUUUAAUGUUAGUUAGCGGCCUAGAAGAGUCGCCUGUUAUUGUCCCUUUCGAAGGUUUUAGAGAACGACUUCAAGCAGAAAAAGGAAUUAAAGAACUGAAUGGAAAAUAUUUCAACGCAUUGGACAAAGAGAAAAAAUCACUCUCUGUCGCAAACAGAGAAUCUAACUCUGAGAAGUUUCCAGACGAAGAGCGUUUGGGUGCUCAUUUCAGGAAAAUGAAAAUGAAACCCUACCCUUACACGGCGGAAUAUCUUACGAGUAAUUAUUCUCCAUUAGAUGCUGAAGUUCAUUCGAAUGCUUUAGAGAAAUACAAGCAGAGUUUCGCUGAGAAGAAUUUCCCAUUUGAAUACGAAAAUCCUGGAGACAUUCAAGAAUCUAGGAUUUAUAUCGAUAAUGAUGAUUUAGAUGAAUCCGCUAUGGACGCUGGCAGCGGUAAAUAUGACCCUUACAAUUUAAAAGAUACACCUGGCUUCGAAGGUACAAAGUCUAAAAACAUGGAAUACGUAUUAAAUUAUUGGCAACGAUUCAAAGAUCUUAAACCACAAGACGCUAUAUAUUCUGAAGGAGGUCCACUUAAAAUCGACGAAAUGGGAGGUGAAAGUUCCAAAUUUUAUCUAUCUGAAGAAUUGCAAGAUUUGCUUAAUAGAGAAUGGGGCUUUAAGCGUAGGGAAAGAGAUGAUGUUAAAAAGCCCGGGCCGCGUCUGGACGCGAAAACUCUAAAGUUAUUGUACCACAAUAAAUCGGUAACAGCUAAAGGAGCUCAAGAUGAAGCUUUAUCUCAAGCACUUCAUGACCACAAUGAUUACGAUUAUGACCCAUCGUAUACAUACGUUCUGUUUAAGAACAGGUUCUUAACGGACUGGGAAAAAGGUCUAGCAUUUAUUUCAAGAUUAGAGGAGUUGCUUGGAUUAGAGAAGGAUACUUUCACCAAUCCUCGGGUCGAUCCAAGCGAAGUUACGUUUAAAGUUGAGAAAAACAGCAAAGGUUAUGAUGCAGAAGAUGUCGCUAGACGUGUAGUUGACAUCAAAGACGAAUUACGUCGAGAAACUGGCGCCCAAGUGUUGUCUACAGGAGUCGGUGACCGGAGCAAGAGACCUGUGAUCAGUCAAACAGAAGACGCUGGAUCUCAAUACUUUGAUUACGGCCUGCCAAUAUUAUUGACGUUAAUCGGGAGUUGUACCGUUGUGGUAGUUGGUGCGGUGAUAUUCGCUGUUAUGUUGAAGAGAGAUAUUGACGCGAAAAAGAAGAUGGUCGGCCUCGCUUCUGCAGCUGAUAUCGAUGCUGAGGCCACGAGAGAUUAUCAGGAGUUAUGCCGCGCGCGCAUGUCGGGCAAGUGGUCGGGGCAGCCGCCCGCAGCGCCCCCGCACGCCGAUGCCCCGCAACGCAUCACCUCGCUGUCCAAGGAGCCUGAGGGGAAUUCACCCUCUACUCGAUCUAGUACCUCCUCCUGGAGCGAGGAACCCGCUCUAACGAACAUGGACAUAUCGACCGGACACAUGGUCUUGGCGUAUAUGGAAGACCACUUGCGCAACAAGGACCGCUUGGAGCAGGAGUGGCGCGCGCUGUGCGCUUACGAGGCGGAGCCCAGCGCGACCGCGGCGGCGCUGCGACCUGACAACACCGGCAAGAACAGAUACCCCGAUGUCCUGCCCUACGACCACUCGCGUGUCACACUCAACACGCUCACCAACCAUCUCGGAUCCGACUACAUCAAUGCUUCUACUAUUACUGACCACGACCCCCGCAACCCGGCGUACAUCGCGGCGGCGGGCCCGCUGGCGCACACCGCGCCCGACUUCUGGCAGCUGGUGUGGGAGCAAGGCAGCGUCGUCAUGGUGAUGCUCACACGACUCACCGAGAACGGACAGCAGCUCUGCCAUCGCUACUGGCCCGAAGAGGGCUCUGAACUAUACCACAUCUAUGAGGUGCACCUCGUAAGCGAGCAUAUUUGGUGCGACGACUAUUUAGUCCGCAGCUUCUACCUGAAGAACCAGCGCACCGGCGAGACCCGCACCGUCACGCAGUUCCACUUCCUCUCCUGGCCAGAGAACGGCGUGCCCGCCUCUACCAAGGCACUACUUGAAUUCAGGAGGAAGGUGAACAAGUCAUACCGCGGACGAUCUUGCCCUAUUGUCGUGCACUGCAGCGAUGGUGCCGGCCGUACGGGCACUUACUGCUUGAUCGACAUGGUGUUGAACCGAAUGGCGAAAGUAAAGGCUCUACCGGCUCACCUGCAACAACUGCAGGAGAAGAAGGACAAGGAAAAAGAGAAGGAUAAGGAAAAAGACAAGGACGGUACCGAGAAACCCAACUGAACUAUGCACUGCUAACGCGAACACGAUUUGUUAAAUAGAUAACUUAUGUUAAUUCCAAUAUUUAUUCAUUGUGUAAAAUUGAUCAAUGUUUCUAGGUUGAGAAUUUCAUCUCUGUUAUCUACGACUUUAUGUAAUCUGUUUAUCUUUGCCUUUUUUCUUAUGAACUUGGAUUCUUCUGUGAAAAUAUCUAUACAAUAGAUUCUUCUUUAUUCUUUAUUGAAAUUCUUAACCUAGAUAUUUUUGUAGGUGUUAUGCUUAAUGAGCAUGUUGUUUAGAACUUAUUAUUACGCGCCUAUUUCUUUAUAAAAAGCUAUUAUUGUUAAAUCUUAAACAGCGAAAUACAUAGACUACAACAAAAGCCUAUUCUAAGCAUUUACUAUGGUCCUUUGACUUUAUAUUUUACAAUUUUUAUAAUUCUUUAUUUUGUACUGGUUUUAAAUUAUUUUGUUUUAAUAUAAUCUAUAACAUUCAUAGUCAAUUUUAUAAGGUGUCUAAAUCCUUAAAUUAUGAUUAUGAUAUAUGUAUUUCGUGUAAAGUAUAUAUAUUUUUUUCAUGAUUUGGUUAAUUCACGAAUUAUAUAACCACUUAUGUACCUGCAAAAACUAUCAUUCGAUUGUAACUUCUAUAUCAUUCAAAAUAACUAUAACUAAAUAGUGUUAUUCGGAAAAUGUCCAUUGUAAUUUCAGAAUUUGUUAAUACGCAUAAAAUGCGCAAUAUCGUUAUACUAGUCCUUAAUAUAACCUAAUAUGGCUGAAUAAUAAUUCUCCUUUGCAUUUAUAGAGCACAUUUUAUUGUAAAUUAUAUAAUUUCUUCUAUCUGCGUAUUGAUAUCCAUUUUUAAAAUGAAUUAGAAAUUUCGAUAAAACUACUUUAAACGAAAUCUUGCUGAAUCAUAUCCUUAACGAAAUACCUGAUAGCAACUAGCUGAGAUCUAUAUAUUUACAGACUUUAGCUGAAACAAUAGAAAUCUUGCAUUGUAUCUACGUAUGAGAUUUAUAUUAGAUUAUAUUAUAUUUAUUGCAUAUGGGAAAAUAUAAAAAAAAAUAUGACUUACCCACAAAAUAUGAUUGUAGUUUAGCCUUAAGAGAAAAUAUAUUAACCGUAUUUCUGUAUGAAAUUAUAUGUAGUUUUUAUGUGGAUUAUUGAA